AUUCUGUACCUAUUCUGUGGUCAAGUCACAGUAUACUUCUGUCGUCCUUCUGUUGUCAAGUGUCAGUUUAGUAGAGACUGGAGAAGAAAAAUAAUUUGCUGACAUUAUAAAACAAAGAAAUUAUGAGACUAUUUUUACUGUGAUUAUAUCUGUACAGAUAACCAAGUACAUUGAUUUCAGUGGAUUUAUUCACGUGAUAAUCGAAUGCUGCCAGUAGCUUUCAUUUAUCGAAUUGAAAAUGGUUGAUAAGGAUGGCAGCAAAUCUGUUAACUAUGGUGACAAUAAUACACACACAUAUGAGACUGUACAGAUGACAGACAAUCAUAGCAGUAGAGACUGGGAUUCUGACCAAGAAUCUCCCGAUGAUAACGAAGCAGUAUGGAUGGACGUGGAUUUGAAAGGAAGUGUUGACGAUGGACUUGGCACAGCGGCACACACUCUUUCGUCCAGAAAUUGCUAUCACUAUCGAGGGGCUUAUCAGAAAUCGCCAUUCCAAUAUGUUCAGAAGAAAGGUUUCUCAAGAUACAAGCACUCACUCAGGACACUCAUACCGGUUCGACUCAAACCGAAAGAAAAAGAAAAAUUGGAUGUCGAUAGCGCAGGUCUCUUGUCAUUCAUAACGUUCAGUUGGCUCUCGAAAUACAUGUACAGAGCUUACAGGAAAGGGCUGGAUUUGGAUGAUAUUCCCGAAGGAUCUCCUUAUGAUAGUUGUGAUUAUAAUUGUCAAAGACUGGAAUCGUAUUGGAGUGCUGAAGUUACUAGGCAUGGCCCAAAGGAUGCAUCUCUUGGCAGAGUGGUAUGGAAAUUCAUACGAACUCGAGUGAUUUUUGCUUCAAUAAUAUUCGGCUUCAAUUUAUUAUCUGGAUUUAUUAGUGUUACAAUCUGUUUACGAUCUCUUAUUGUAUUCGCUGAAAAUGAAGACGCUCCAAUAUCGGAGGGUAUAAUGUGGGCUGUACUAUUGACUUUAAACGAAAUACUUCGAACCAUUUUUUAUUCGACAACUUGGGCUAUCAGCUACAGGACAGCAGCUCGUCUACGCUCAGCUUGCCUUGCUUUGCUGUAUAAAAAAGUUAUUCGUCUAAAUUCACUUGGAAGCAGUUCCAUUGGCCAACUAAUCAAUAUCUUCGCCAAUGAUAGCCAACGAAUAUUUGACAUGGUCCUAUUUGGACCUAUGAUAAUUGGUGGACCAGUAACUAUGACGUUGGGAAUGUUGUACAUUGUAUGGCUGCUUAGUCCAUGGGCGCUCAGUGGAAUGCUACUUUUCAUCGUAUUUUAUCCAGUGCAGGUGAGACACUUUCAACGCUUUCCUUCCAUUCAUCUUGAAACCCCAAUCUAUUGUAAGAAGAUUGAGUGCAAAUGCCAAGAUCUAUUGGUAUACCAGGUAUCAAACUAUCAAUAUGAUUAUGUACUAAUCCCUAAUCCCUUACCAAUAGAAGAUUCUUAUAUUAUGCAGUCUAUUAUUUUUCCAGCAAUACGCAAAAAAGAGAUGAGACUGCUGCAUUUGACAGCUUACUGCCGCAGCUUGACAAUGUCUCUGGCCACCACUUUCCCAAUUGUAUCGGCCAUAACAACGUUCCUCUCUCAUCUAGCCGCAGGAAACAACCUCACAGCUUCACAGGCUUUUUCAGUUCAAGGCUUGUGCUUGAAACAACUCAGAUCGGUGUUGAGCAACAUUAACCUGGGCUGGAAAACUAUCAUUGACGGACUCUUAGCAAUGGACAGAAUGAAGGCUUUCCCGUUGAUAUCAAUGAUCGCUGCCCACUUUCGGGUCUCACUCAACCAACUUCGCAUCGCCAUUGAAAAUAUCAUUGAUUCAAAAAUAUCUCUUCAAAGAUUCCAGAAAAUACUUAUUAUGGAUGAAGUGAAAACUAAUAUUGGUCGUUCAAUAAACAAGACGCAAGCCGUGUGCAUUGCCAAUGGUUCAUUCUCGUAUAAUUCAUCAGUACCUGAAGAUGAACAUAACAAAAACAAAUCUUCAAGUAAAAAGAUUAAAUACAAUCCUAAAGAUAAGCACAAUGGGAUGGAAAUUCAGAGUAACAACACUGAUCAAAAGGGUCAAGUGAAUGUUCUAACUGGAAUAAAUUUCAGUGCUGCUAAGGGACAUUUAGUUGGUAUUUGUGGUCAUGUCGGAUCUGGGAAAACAUCUCUACUGCAAGCUUGCCUUGGCCAAUUGAAACUGACGACUGGAAGAGUUUAUAGAGAAGGCUCGUGUGCGUUCGUGAGUCAACAGGCCUGGAUUCAGAAUGCAACUCUGCGAGAGAACAUUCUAUUUGGAGAGAAAUUUGUACCAUCUCGAUACUGGAAAGCACUGAAUGCUUGCGCUCUCCACGAUGACGUGAACUCACUGGUUGGUGGAGAUGAGACGGAGAUAGGAGAGAGAGGCAUGAACUUGUCAGGAGGCCAGAAACAGCGAGUUGCUCUGGCUCGGGCUCUCUACGCUGACAGAGACAUAUAUUUCCUGGAUGAUCCUUUGAGUGCAGUUGAUGCCAAUGUGGGAGCUCACCUCUUCAAUCAUUUGAUCCUAGAGGCUUUGAAGGAUAAAACUGUUAUCCUUGUUACUCAUCAGAUACAGUUUUUGAAUAGAUGUGAUGAAAUCUACGUGCUGAAAGAUGGGCAGAUCGUUGAAAAGGGAACUCACGAACUAAUAGCCAUGGAUAAGGAAUAUGCAGCCAUGGUGAAGACAUGGGAACAAUCGCACCAAGAAUCUCAUGAAUCCAACAAUAGCAAAGACGAUGAUGGUGAUAUUAAUCUUGACGACUCCUUGGGAGCAGUUAAGAGUGAGUCGAUGAAUAAUGCAAAUAACGGAUCUUCAUCCUCAAAAGCAAAAACUAACGGUACAUCUGUGGAGCAGCUAGGAGUACUGACGAAAGUGGAGAAAGUGGAGAAAGGUUCGAUAAACGUGGACACUUACCUGAGCUACAUGAAGGCGGCCGGCGGCUAUUCGCUGUCGUUGCUGCUCAUUCUGAUCAUGCUGCUCAACAUCGGCUGCCUCACCUUCAGCUCUUGGUGGCUAGCCUUCUGGAUCAAGGAAGGCAGUGGGGGUAAGCAGAUAACUGUUGGAAAUGAUACCAUCACUAGCUCAAAUAUUCUAGACAACGAUAACUAUACCUUUUACAGAAAUGUGUAUGGUGGUGCAAUCGGUGUCAUUAUGUUGAGCAAUUUGGUUCGAAGUUUCGCUUUCUCCAAGAUUACUUUGACUGCUUCAAAAAAUCUGCACAAUCAGUUGUUUUCAAAAGUGUUGUACGGUCCAAUGGUCUUCUUCGAACAGACUCCAGUCGGAAGAAUUCAAAAUUUGUUCGCCAAAGAUAUUGAUGAAGUUGAUGCAAGGAUUCCAGAUACGUUAGAAAGUUUACUUCAAGAUGGCUGGAACCUUAUUUUUGCCAUUUUGACUAUUUGCUUGGUAUUCCAAUGGUUCAUCGUACCUCUAUUCAUCUUAUUGAUCAUCUAUUACUCUGUGACUAGAAUCUUCAGGGUGGCAAUAAGGGACUUGAAAAGGUUCGAGAAUACCACUAGAUCGCCAAUUUUUAGUUCAAUCUCAGAAACUGUAUCUGGGCUGGAUACAAUUCAUGCAUUUGAAAAAGAAGCAGAAUUCACUAGAAAGUUUUCAAAAAUAUUUGAUCAGAAUACGACGUGUGUUUACAUGUGUUGUAUUGCUAUGAGAUGGCUUGCAUUGAGGAUUGAUUUUUUAUCAGUGAUUGUCACUGGUAUAACAGCAACGUUUGUGAUAGUAUUCCACGGUCAAGUUGCGCCAGCCCUGGCAGGGCUUGCCAUUGCCUAUUCAUCCACCAUCAGUGGCAUUUUCCAGUACACCAUACGACUGUUGGCUGAUGCUGAAACCAGAUUCAUAUCCGUCGAACGCAUAAUGGGAUAUGUUCAUUCCUUGAAGAAAGAAGGUGGCUAUGGUGUUACUUCGAAGCCCCCUGACGAUUGGCCAGCCAAAGGAUCAAUCAAAUUCGAAGACGUGUGCUUACGCUAUAGAACUACUCUGCCUCUCGUACUCAAGAAUAUAUCAUUCAAAAUUCGCCAUGGCGAAAAAAUAGGUAUCGUUGGCAGAACAGGCUCAGGGAAAAGUUCGCUGACUGUGGCGUUGUUCCGCCUGGUCGAGUUGGCCAGUGGAUCGAUAUCCAUCAACAAGGUCAACAUCGCUUCCGUCAACCUAGAUCUCCUUCGACAGAAAAUUUCCAUCAUACCUCAAGACCCAGUGCUCUUCACGGGGACAGUCAGGAGUAAUCUUGAUCCGUAUGGAAAAGCAACGGAUACUGAACUGUGGCAAGUAUUGGAAAAGACUCAUUUGAAAGAGCGAAUUUCAAUGGGAUCUGGAGGAUUGGACUCGGACGUGGGACAGUCUGGCGACAAACUGUCAGUUGGCGAAAGGCAACUACUGUGUCUUGCUAGAGCUCUACUAAGAAAAUCAAAGAUUCUAGUUCUGGAUGAGGCUACAGCAGCAGUCGAUCCUGACACAGAAGCAGCCAUUCAAGGCACAAUCAAUGGGGAAUUCGAUGACUGCACAGUUCUGACCAUAGCACAUCGCUUGGUCACUGUCAAAUCGUGCGAUCGCAUCAUCGUGAUGGACGAUGGAAUGGUAGCCGAAAUGAACACCCCUUCAGCUCUUCUAGAUGAUCCGAAUUCGAGAUUUUCAAAAAUGAUUGAAGCGGCUAAAGAGGCAGCUAAAAGUGAGAAUAUUUCUGUAAAGUGAAGUUGAUGCACUCGUUUGCGUUUUUUUUUCAUUUUAUUAUUAUUGAAACCACCAUGUCUCUGUGAUAUUUUGUUUCUAUCUAAUGUCUGACUGAGAAUGAAAUUCAAUAUAUUUGAACAUUAGAAUAAUGUGUGCUUUCAGGUUCAUUUUCAUAUCAUUGCAGCUUUUCCAAACUUUAUUCAUUGUUGAUAAUUUCACUUAGCAGCUAUUUUAAAACUUAUAAGGGCUGUCAUAAUGUAAAUAUUGUUUUGUUAUCACAUAAUAAUUCUAAUAUCUAGUUUUGAGUGAAAUCUUUAUCUAUUUAUGUUAAGACUGUAAAAAAGAUACUAUUAAAAAUUUAUAUUUAUGUUAUGGUGCACAA